AGGAUAAUUCAAGAAUACAGGGAUAACACACAAGAAUUCGAUAUUAACUGUGUAGACCCCUUAAACCGAUCUGCACUUAUAUCGGCCAUUGAGAAUGAGAAUAUUGACCUGAUCAAAUUGCUCCUUCAGGAAAACAUACAAGUAAAGGAUGGUUUACUACAUGCAAUAAAAGAAGAAUACGUAGAGGCUGUUGAAGUUCUGCUCAAUUGGGAAGAGGAUCAUCAUAAGCCAGGAGAACAAUACACUUGGGAGAAAGUUGAUAGGGCAUCAGCUACAUUCACAGCUGAUAUAACUCCACUCAUUCUAGCAGCACACAAAAAUAAUUAUGAAAUCAUCAAACUACUGCUUGAUAGAGGAGCAACUUUACCCAUGCCACAUGAUGUUAGGUGUGGAUGUGACGACUGCGUUGUCUCAAGCAAAACAGAUUCUCUGAGACACUCCCAAGCUAGAAUCAACGCAUACCGGGCGUUAUCAUCUUCGUCACUAAUUUCUUUAUCAUCGAACGACCCCCUCUUGACAGCUUUCGAGCUUUCGUGGGACUUGAGGAGGCUCAGCAAGAUGGAAUCGGAGUUCAAAAUAGACUAUUUAGAAAUGAAGAAUCAAGUACAAACUUUCGCGACAUCUUUGCUAGACCAUGCUAGAACUUCUGAGGAACUAGAAAUCAUGUUGAAUUAUGAUCCACAAGGAGAAACAUGGGUUACUGGAGAAAGACAAACCCUUGAAAGAUUAAAAUUAGCCAUAAAGUAUAAACAAAAAGCAUUCAUAGCGCACCCCAAUGUCCAACAACUACUGGCUUCCAUUUGGUACGAAGGUUUACCGGGUUUUAGAAGGAAAAAAAUGAUUGGGCAAGGCUUUCAAGUGGCAAAAAUCGGCAUGAUGUUCCCCGUAUACUGUACCAUCUAUAUGUUAGCUCCGACAUCUCCUAUGGGGCUUUUCAUGAAGAAACCAUUCGUCAAAUUCAUCUGUCAUUCCACGUCCUAUGCCUUUUUUCUAAUGCUAUUGGGAAUUGCUUCGCAAAGAUUGGAAAUCCUAUUUUUGGAAUUGGUGGGCACCGACUGGGUUCAGGAUAUGGUCCAAGAAUGGAAGAGGAAAGAAAGAGGGACUUUAUUCGGUAUAGCAGAAUGUGGGGUCAUCAUUUACGUCAUCAGUUUGAUUUGGGCCGAAAUCAAAUCUCUUUGGAGCGACGGCUUG